AUGAAACUCAAGCUCGCUGUCCUCGCGGCGGCCCUCGCCGGCGCGCACGCGUUCGGCGAAUACAAAGACGAGCAGAAACCGCUCGCCGUCACGAUUCACGGCGCGGGCUUCCGCUCGGUCCUGGAGGGCGCCGCGGUCGCGCGCGCCCUCGGCGACCGCCUCCGCGAGGUCACGCACCUCGGUGGCGCCUCCGGCGGCAGCUGGUUUGGAGCGCUCAUGCUCUACUCGCCGGACUUCUACUCGGCGGUCAUCGAUCCGGACAAGCCCAUCGAGGACGUGGUGGCGGAAUGGGGCGCUCAGUACGGCCAGACGAUGAUAGACGCGUCCGCGGGCUUCAACCCGGCCGAUCCCGGGCUAUCCGGCCCGCCCGCGUGGGCGACGGAGCAGCCCAAGGGCUUCGAACUUCCGAUUGGACCGGGCGGAGCAGAUAUCUGCGCGGGGUUCAAUGCCGGGUACAACCAGCUCACGGCAGGAUUCCUGACGGCGCCGCCACUCGCACUACAGUUCCCCCCCUGGAACUGGCUUUCGUUCAUCAACGCGUUGCUGAAGGACAGCAUUGACGGGUUCAGCACCCUCCGCACCACGAACGCGCCGACGACAGGCCUCGCUGCUGCUCUCGUCGUGCAUGCGGCGCUAGGGCCCGACGCCUACCUCACGCCGCCGACGUCGUCCGCGAAUGCAGCGUUCCGCACCUACGACUAUGAUGGUACGGCGCCGCCGUACAACCUGGUCAUCCCGGUCGCGCACUCGGUACCGGCCGGCGGCGGCGGGGACUGGGUCGUGAACGCGAAGAUCUCCUCGCUGGCCGUCGACGGGAGCGCUCUCUUGACGCCGAAUCCGACGCUGCUCGAACUCUUGGCGGGCGCCUCGGCCUUCCUGGGAAACGCCGGCGGCCCGACGUGGCUCCAGACGACGCUCGCCUUCACCGGCCAGCUACCCUUCCUCGCGCCGCCCGAUGGGCCCGUGCUCGAUCCGACGCCGGGGAAGCCGGGUUAUCCCGCCUAUGAACUGGCGUCGGCAUGCAAGCCUUUCGGGCUCCAGGUCGCCGCGUCGCCCUUGCUCAAGGACGGCUACACGUUCCCGCCCGACGGCCCGCAGACGCCGGCGGAUCUCGCGAAGGUCUCAGAGAAUGCGCGCUACCGCCUCGCCGACGGCGGUUUCCUCGAGAACACGGGCGCCGCCCCGGCGAUCGCAGCGAUGCAGAAGGAUUGCGCCGAGGGCAAGCUCGACUGCUCGGGACCGCUAAAGAUCAUUAUCGUCGACCAGCUCGAUCAGACGGAGGGCUCGUUCCGGCUCUUCGAUUUCGAGAAUCAGCCGCCUGCGAACGAGUACUACCAGUAUCCGUAUGCGUUCGACGCCACGGUGGCGUCGCAGCAGAUCUUCGCCGAGGCGCCGCCGGAGCCCUCUGCGUUCCAGUCGUACAAGAUGAACACUUAUCCGUUUGCCUAUUUCCAAGGCCCGAUCGGUAUAGGUUUCGAGCUACCCGGGUUCCCACCGUUCACCAGGAGCGCCGAGUCGACGUACUGGCACGGCCGGGCCACGACGGUAACUAACGACUGGUACGGUGUCCAGGCGGGUUCCGACGUCGAGAUCCUCAUCCUGAACACAGCUCUGGGGACCGACGGAGGCGUCCCGACGGUCGUGGGCGGUGGCUUCGCGAAGGACGCCUUCGCGCAGCUCUACGGGCCCCUCGCCAAGAGCCAGGCGGACGGCAUGGCGCCGAUCGUGACCGCGUUCCUCGCGGGCACGCUCUGA